AUGUACGGGCCGGACGAACCCAGCGACUCAGAAACAAUCAUUCCUCCCGCACUCAUCCUGGGGCCCAUCGUUUGGGAUAUCGACCGAGAAAUACGCACGGCAUCCCUCCACGAGGUCACGUGGGUCCUCAGUUCACGUCUCGGGUCUGGAGAGCGUUCUUCAAACUCCUGGGAGUCUCACCAGGACCAAGGAGAGUGGUGUCGGUUCUUGCCUUGGGCGGAAUACGCUCAGAACUCGCUUCGCCAGGACAUGACGGGACUCACCCCGUUCCAGUGUGUGCUGGGGUUCCAGCCGCCCCUGUUCCCCUGGUCGGAUGAGCCCAGCAACGUGCCCGCAGUGGAUUACUGGUUCCGGGAGAGCAGUAGAAUCUGGGAGUCGAUGACUAGCAAUACUGAAACAUUGAACAAAAACUACACAAGCAACAUUCCUGAUAUUGUCCUCCAAGGAUUCACAGGAAUCCCUGAUGUUUAUAAUGGAUUGGUAGGAACAUUUUUCUUCUUCAUUUAUCUUAUGCUGGCAUCGGGUAACAUUUUCAUCCUUGUAUUUGUGGCAUGUGAAAAAAGUCUGCAGAAACCAACGUACAUCAUCUUCUGUAAUCUUGCACUAUCAGAUCUUGGAUUUGGAACUACAACUCUACCUAGAAUCAUGGCUAGGUACUGGAUGUCACAGAAGAUCAUGUCAUUCAAUGCUUGUUUAACACAAAUGUUCUUUGUUCAUUACUUUGGGGCUUGCAGCUCAUUUUUAAUGGCGUUAAUGGCCCUUGAUCGAUUUGUUGCCAUAUGCAACCCACUGAGGUACCCCGUUCUGAUUAAGAAUUCCACUAUUGCGAUUCUUUGUUCAGUGCUUUGGAUAGGAAACCUUGUCCAGCUUUGUGUAAUUGUUUUACUUACCCUCAGUGUGCCUUAUUGUGGCCCAAAUAUUAUAAAUCGGUGCUACUGUGACUUUUCUUCAAUAACUAACCUAGCAUGUGCAGACAUAACAGUCAUCAAAACAAUUAGUACAUCUAUUGCUAUGACAGUGCUGUGGGGUCCUUUAUUUUAUAUUAUUUUUUCUUAUGUGGCUAUCAUUAUAUCUGUAAUGAAAAUCUCAAAUAAAGAGGGACGAUAUAAAACCUUCUUAACAUGUACUCCACAGCUGUUAAUCAUCUGUCUGUACUAUCUUCCCAGAAGUUUUGUGUAUGUUGCAUUUGUUAUUGGGUUUCAUUUUGAAACAAACCUUCGUGUUGCAUUGGUAAUGAUGUACAGCCUUUUCCCAACCCUCAUCAAUCCACUUAUAUACUGCUUUAGGACAAAAGUAAUUAAAGACACAUUAUUGAGAAAAUAUAAGCAAAGACAGACAAGGGUAAAAUAA